UUGAAGUCGCCGAGGCUGAGAAACGCUGCCCUAGCUGAUGACAUAAUUCAAGGGGUGCCUGCUAGGGUUAGUGAUGCUAAAAAUGUGGACUCUUUUUGAUGGUGGGUGAGUUUAUGGGUCCAAAGAGAUGCCUUUCAAAUGCCUAAAGCCCUCAUUCCACCCCUUAAGAAUCCUGCUAUCUCACUGCCACCCAGGCCUAAAAGCAGGGAGAUGUGCUGAGAAGGUCAAAAAAGUCAAGAUGGCAAGUACACGGUUGAAGCUUUGUCUCUUUUUUACAGUACACCUAAAGGGGGGGGCAUCAAUUGCGCACUCAUGGACUGUUUUGACCCUUUUCGCCUGCAGACACCCCAUCAGUGUGUUUUGCGAACCACGAAUAAGCCUGUGGGCUCAUUGAAUUAACUGUGGUUAACUUAACCAUGGAUGUAUGUUUAUCAGAUCAGCACACUGGUUUAAAAUGCUGCAAAAACUGAUUCCGGGAACAACUGAGAGCUGUCGCCCACCCAGAUUGUAUGCAAGUGAUGGAACACGGGCUGUUUUUUUUUUUUUUUUAAUUACCCUGAAUUUCCGGUGACCUCUGAAAUCCUGGUCGAAGACAUUUAUGCAUUACACUGAACCAGUUUUCUUCAACCUGAUGCCCUGCAGAGUGGUUGGAUUUAGCGCCUUAUUCUCAGCUAGAUUCCAAAGUCCGCAAACCGAACACAGCGCCUGGUGACUUCAUGGUCAGGAGUUUGCCCAUUUUCUUCUUAGGAAUCUCUACCCACUCGGUCAACUCCUUAGGACAAACUCCUCUCUUCACGGCUGCCUUGCUCGGGCUGGGAAAACUCGUGGAUAUCCUUUUGGAUUACGGUUCCGACCCGAACCACCGUUGUUAUGAUGGGAGCACCCCGGUCCACGCAGCGGCCUUCUCGGGAAGUCAGUUCAUUCUUAGCAAACUGCUCGACGCAGGUGGGGAUCUGCGACUCCACGACAAGGAUGGGAGGACCCCCCAAAGCUGGGCUGUGACUGCAGGGAAGGAAAACAGUGCGCAGAUGCUCGAAUAUAUCCAGCGCUGCACCACGCACAUGCAGGUCGUCCUUCAGAAUCAGUCCUUGGAUUUAUUGAGGAAAGUGGAUUCGCCCAGGGCCCUGGUGCACAGCCUGUCCAAGUUUGGGGGAAUCACGCAAGGGGCAGCUGACAGCCCACUAGGGAGGUUCAUGAAACGUGGGAGCACCAUAUCCCAAAACAUCUUCAGUUUUGGGUUUGGGAAGUUUUUUCUCACCAGCAAGAGGCAAAUGGGUUACCUGGCUUCCCUUCCCAUCGUAGCGGAUAAAGAAGUUGUCCAGGCCGACGACGAGCCCACCUUCUCUUUCUCCAGCGGGCCAUACAUGAGCAUGACCAACCUGAUGUGGGGAGGGAGCCGCGUCACCGUGAAGGAGCUGAGCAUGAAGCCCCACCAGCACUGCAGCAAACUGCGCCUCUCCGACCUCCUCCUGGCCGAGCAGGAGUACAGCAGCCAGCUCCACCACCCUCACCUGCUGCUGCUGAUGGCCGUCUGUCUGUCCAGCGACUUGGAGAAAACCCGCCUGGUCUUUGAGAGGGUGAACUUUGGCUCUCUCUACAGCAUCCUUCACGAGAGGCGCUCCGAGUUUCCCGUGCUGCACAUGGAGACGAUUGUGCACCUGCUGAUCCAGGUGAGCGACGCCCUGCGAUACCUCCAUCUGCGUGGCUUUAUCCACCGCACCCUCAGCUCCUACGCCGUGGUGGUCGUUCUCACUGGGGAAGCCAAGCUGACGAACCUGGAGCACAUGAUUGAAAGCAAAGACGGAGGGGAGCACAGCGACCUGACACGCGUACCCAUCCCUCCCCAGCUGUAUAAGUGGUGCGCCCCAGAAGUGAUCCUUGAACGGGCUGCUACUCCCAAAUCGGACAUCUACAGUUUUUGCACCGUCAUGCAGGAGGCAUUUACAGACACCAUUCCUUGGGAUGGACUCGAAGGUUCGGCCGUCAAAGAUCUCAUCAUCUCUGGACAGUGGUUGGAAGCCGACGCCAGGUUGCCCAAGCCCUAUUAUGACAUUGUGAAGACCGGCCUCGAGUCCAGGCAGAAGCAGCGCACAAUGAACCUGCAAGAUAUUCGCUAUGUCCUGAAGAAUGACUUGAAGGACUUGCUAGAGUCUCGCAGGCCACGUCUUAGCGAGGAACCAGAGUCCCCCAAACCUGAAAUUCACCCCGAUAUCAACAUCUGCUUGCCCUCCGCCUCAGCUCUCGUGGUUAAGAAGCCGGAGUCGCAAGAAGAGAUGGCUCAUGAAGCCAGGAGUUUCACCAUGACCAGAUGUGCUGAUUCCUCUCCAGAGAUCAAACCUGCCAUUGUCCAAGUAUCUGAGCCGGUUCUCCGCACGGCUCAGUCAAGCCCAAUUUUAGAGGGAUGCCUGAAAGACCUAGAGGGAGCCAGGAAUGCAAACUUGAGCCUUUGCAGCGUGGAAAUCAACGAGAUCUACACUUGCUACCCAGACCUGGGUGAAGGGACAGAGGGGGACGAAGAGGGGGCAAGAGCAGGGCAGGAUCCCAAUGCCGGGAGGGCAUUGCAGGGUGCCCCAAGGGACACAGCCCAAACCCCGUCCCCUCGAACUGCUGAAAUCCAGGAAUGCGAGGCGGCCCUGUCCUCGGACGCUGAAACAGAAUGCAGUCAGGAGGAGCUGAACGGCGUCUCCGUGAUGAACGAGGUGCUCAGGAGUGCCCGCAGCAAAGGUGGGAACAUCCAGUCCCAGUUUGAGUACAAAUUUGGAAAGUGUGUCCUCGAUCUCAAGAUUUGCCAGACUCUGCUUCAGCAAGCCACGGACUCCCUCUCCCGGACAGAAGCAAAAUUAGGCGCGUUGGAGACCUUGGGCAAACCCCGGCAGUUCUUUUGGGGGACUCAGGCAAGGGAGCAGCCUGCCAUUGUGAUUCCUGCCAGGGGCUGCCAAGAGAAGCUGGAGACCAUCUUGAGAAACAUUAAGGCUCCCUUAAACGGAGACCGCGCACUGCAGUGGAAGGCAGUCGCUCCCCCAACGGAGACCUACGUGCCUCCGCCUUUCCGGGUUCCGGGAUCAUACAGACCACUGGGGAUUCACUCUUACCAAGCUGCAGAAAACAGACCCAAAAGUACCAGCCAGAGCCAAGAUACCACCUACUGGAGUGAUUUUGGACUGGAAGCAGCCAAAAGUCCCAUAAAUCAAAGAGGAACAGAACUGAACUAUCAGCUCUUGCCUCCAGGCGUGUCCUUCAGGAGGAAGAAGAGCCCCCACCUGCGUCGAGGGAGCUCCAUGUUGGAUGGGAUCAAAGCGGCAGAUGGGUCCUUGAAAAAUACAACUCCUGAAAUCUACGAAGUGAAUUUGAGAAGUGAAGAGAGGAGAAUGGCUCAGUCUGAAUGGACAACCGAAGUGAAGCAGAUGGCAAAGAAGGUGGCAUCAGGGCAGCUUGGCUUCCCAGCUCAGCACCCUGCCAGCCGAUGGAUGCUGGAGAGCGAGGCCAAGGACAUCAAGACCAUUUUUCCAAGCCCCGCCAGCCGUGAGUGGGUCAGACUCUGCCAGGAGCAUGGCGAGGUGGGGAAGGGGCAGCCCAGCAGGGCAAUUGGAGACCACAAGGUGCUUCGCAACCAUGAGAAGGAGAGAAAUCAGGACAGUCUGUCAGGAAGAACCACAGGACCGGAGAAGCAAGGAAAAUGCAGUCCAACUCCAGCCGGCGAGGGUGGCGCAGCGUCACGCAACCACAUAUGCCUUUCUCUCACCUCUGAGGACUCUUGCAGGGAGCAGCUGGAGGAGCUGACCCACUCACCAUCUUCCUCCCUUAACAUGUCGGAGGAGUUUUUAACCCCUGACCCUGACUAUUUUUUCGGCAGCUCUGCUCCUCAUGAGCCUUCUGAAUUGGAAUAUUCAACGGCUGAGGAGGAAGAGGAAGAAGAUAUUCUAGAAAUAACAGAGGAAAUUUGUGGGCAGAAGGAACAGUUGAAAAAGUCUCAAGUAAUCUGUGGUCAGAAAGAACAUCCCAUAAAUGCAGGGCAGAGAAGAGAGUUUUCCUGUGGGACAGGUACAAAAUAUAUCCAUGACGACACGCCAAGGGGAGGCUUACUUACUCCUGCAAUCAGCCCUGGGACAGCACAAGGCAGGAGACUCGGCGAGGCUCCAAGAGAAUUCAGAGAAGAUGCAUCCCUUGCAGACAUUCAAGAUUUAUCUAGCAUCUCUUGCAAGGGUUCGUGUAAGACGUCAACUUUUAAAACUCCCAGAAGUACUAACUCCCCAAUUAAGACCAGCACCCCGCUUAGCCCAGUGGGUCCACCACCAACAUUUUCCUCAACUGUCACAAAAUACAAGGAUUAUUGUGUGAUGACCAUAGAUACAUCAUGUUGGGCUACCCAUGAUGUCUCCUUGUUAGGACUCAGUACGUUUCCUGCAGCCUGCGUGAACGAAGUGGUUACGGAUGGGGCACCUGCCGCCCAGCAUCCAUCAGCUGGGCUCUUAGAACCUGACAGUAAUCUUUGGCUGCCCGUCCCAAGGGGUCAGGCAGAAUCAGGGAGGGAGUUUCCUUCUCAGCAUGACCCCCCCCGGAAAGGAGCUCCUGGUCAGCUUGAUUCAGAAGACCGAGGGAAGCCAGAAGAAAAAACUCCCAAUGCAAGCAAAGCUGAUGACAGCCUCUGGUUCAGUGAGAGCGUGUGCCUGGCAGAAGAUACGGAAAGAGCUCACUCAAGCCUCGACAAAGUUUUGGAAGAAGUUCUUUGUCCAAUUGCUGACAGCCAUGACCUAAACAAAGGUCUGCCAGAUGCCAUCCAGAGGGGGGAGCCGAGCUGUGCCCACCACGGGAACAUUGAGAUGAAAGGGGUUGCUGAAGAAAGUUUCAGCGAAUCCGAAGGAUCCAUCGAAAACAUUGAAGGACUUUCUUGAGCCGUAAAAGAUAAACCGAAACUCGG